UAUUGGGCGGGGCGGAAGCGGGAGGAGCAGGGGCGAGGCAGAAGACCCCUGGGUGAGAUGGCUGUGCCCCUGCAUCCAGACGAACUGCUGCACGUAUUUUCUUUCCUGGAGGCCCGAGACCUGCUGUGCGCCGCACAGGUGAACAAGGUCUGGAAUGAAGUUUCACAGACCAAGGAAUUGUGGAGGCAUUUGUGUCUGAGUCGCUGGUCCUCCUGCAAAGCCUCCAGGAUGGUCCUGGGCACACAAACAUGGAAACAGUAUUAUCUCUGCCGGUCUGAGCUGGAGUUCCGAGUGACAUCUGGGCGGCCCGGGAAGGACUUCAUUUGCAAAGCAAUUGCUGGACACACAGGAUACAUAGAGCAGCUGGCCUACAUUUCAACCAAUGAGUACCGGUUCGAUGGAAGGGAGAAGUCUGUGAUUUGUACUGUGUCCUCAGACUGUACUGUGCGUGCCUGGGAUUUGCAUGAGGGCACAGAGAUCUGGUCCAGCCCUCGGCAGCCUGUUCCUCUGAAAAAUUUGGUGACUUAUCCUCAGCUGCAACUGGUUGUCACCAUAGACAUCCAAGGAUUGAUCAAAAUGUGGAAAGCAGAGACUGGAUGGGAAUUGGCCUCCUUCGGCUUACCGACCUCCUCUUCUGCAGUGGAGCUCUGUGACCGUCCAGAGGCCCCCUUCCUGCUGGUAGCCUGUGUUAACGGGAUCCUCUACACCCUGAGAGUGCCUCCGCUGCAGGUGGUCUCCAUGGUGACCGUGUUUUCUAACACCUUUGCAAAUCUCCUCUGCUCUCCUGACCAGCAGUGGGUGUUUGCAUCUGCACAGGACUCAGACGUGUACCCAAAGGUGUUCUACACUCAAUCCUUGGCAUGCCCGUCAGAAGAUGAGCCUCCUGUCUCUACCACCCUCCCUCUCUGGAUGUGUUCUCAAGCCUGCUGGGCACCUGAUGAAGCGGCCAGGCUGAUUGUGGUGCACAAAAAUGAAAAUGAAGAUGACAUGCAGCUGGUUGUCACUACCUUUGAAUUAAGGGCCAAGAAAUCGUCCAAGGACAGAGUGGACAUUCUGGUAAAACAGGUGGCCAGUUUCUUGCCGGACACCUUGAUGUCACCUCACCUCAUGCAGGGCUAUGGCUCUCAGGUGAUCCUGCUGACUUUCGGCUUGGAGCUGAUGCUGUUCACCAUACAUGGCCUGCAGCUGGUAGCUUUCCAGGACCACCAGAAGCCCAUCACGUCCAUGCGGGUGGACCUUGACCGAGUCAUCACCUCCUCCAUGGACCUCUCCUUGCGUGUCUACGUGUGGAAUAAGGAAAAUAAAUUCCCAGUCCUCAAGAGCUGCUAUCACUUACUUGGAGGAUCCCACAAAUGGGCCAGUGGAUUUACCCACGUGGAAAGUGACAGUACAAACAUUGUUGGUGUGGAAGCCAGAAGCAAUGGAACAAGCAUUCUGAGGUCAUAUUGCUUCAAAAUUCAGCAUGGCUAACAAUUAUCCCAGGUGGAGAGACUCUCACUUAGGUAGAGCUCAAAUAUGUACAAAGACCAAAUUGACUAUGUUAUCAAUAUUGGGAAAGGAAUUAAUAAUUCUCAAAUGGCCAUUCUGUACCCUGCACAGUGUACCCUGUGUGUGCUCACAACAUGCCAAUGAAGUAUAUAUUGUUAUCUGAUCAUAAAGAAAAUAAAGUUUAAGAGUCAUUAUUAAAAGGAUUAGUCAUUAUUAGCCUAUUUUUCAACUGCUGAGCAACCUGCCUAUGAUUUUUGAGAUCAUAGGUGGCAGACAAGUUGAAUGUAAGUCUGAGGGCACUAGAAAGCCCAUGCAUAAUAUAUUAAAAUUAUAAUACAAUUGGUUUUUGUUAUGGUUCAUAUUUAGAUGUCCCCCCAAAGCCUCAUGUUUUCUUAAUGGGGCUUUUAAGAGGUGACUGAACCAUGGAUGUGCUGUAUCUAUAUGUGAUAUUAGGGGCUGGGUCAGAAGAGACAGGUUGCUGGUGGCACGACCUGGCAGAGACAUCUGCUCUUCUGGUUCCUUCUUUCACCCUCUGUUUCCAGGUUGCCAUGUGAUGAGCAGCUUUUCCUCCACUGUGCCCCUGUGCCAUUUCAUUCUGCCCUGGAAUGAGCCAGCUGACCAGGGAAUGUAACCAUAGCCAAAGUAAACCUCUCCAUUAAGUUGCAUGGCUCAGCUAUUUUGUCUCAGUGACAAAGUGACUGAGACAUUUUUGUUAUGCAAAUGUACAAUUAAGUA